AUGCGUUUCGCAACUGCAUCUUUAGCAUUGCUUCCAGCUGUUGCUCAGGCAGUUAAUAUUGUUUCUGCAAACGAUGAUGGCUGGGCUGAGAUCAAUAUCAGAACUCUGUACAAUUCUCUGACCAGUGCGGGACAUGAUGUUCUCGUUUCUGCCCCUGCAGAGAACAAGAGUGGUGCAGGUUCUCUAACUGGUACACCUACUGUCCUCACUGAGGCAUGCGAAUUUAAUUCCUGUCCAAGUGGUAGUCCAGCCGUAGGCUAUAAUAGCUCAGCCCCUCAAUUCAACUAUGUCAACUCUUACCCUGCAACUGCGAUGGAGUAUGGCAUCGAAACGUUGGCCCCAGGAUACUUCGGAGGCGCCCCUGACCUUGCUGUUACUGGGCCGAACGUUGGAGUCAACACUGGUGUUAUAUCUUUCGUGUCCGGCACUGUUGGGGCAGCGAUUGAGGCUGUAGAGCUCGGUGUACCAGCAAUUGCCUUCAGUGGAGCCGAAGGAUCCGCAACCGCCUGGAAUGUUGCAGCACCCGCCUAUGCCACUAUCUAUGGCGAAUUAGGCGCAAUAGUAGUCGAUGCCAUCGUUGCUUCAGGUACCCCAUAUCUCCCAGACGAAACGUUCCUGAAUGUCAACUUCCCUGAAACUACCGAUUGCACAUCGGCGUCUGAUUUCAGCUUCGUUCUUUCCAGAAUUUACACUGCAGUUCCAUUGGUUAGUGGUACUGAUGUCGUAACUUGCAACAAUGGAGGUAGACUUCCUACUGAGACUACAGUUGUUGGGACCGAUGGAUGCUAUGUCAGUAUCAGUCUUGGUGGAACAAACAAGAGGGACAGUAGUGCUGUCAACCAAGCAGUCGUUUUAAGCAAGCUCUCCAGUAUUCUUACAUGUUUACCUUAA